GAGGGGAAGGAAAAAAAAAAGUGGGGAGAGAAAAAGAUAUGUACCUUAGGGAAGAAGCUCAGAGAGAGGGAGGGAUAGAGACGACGGGUAGGAGCGUGUGAGUGCGUGAGACAUUUACUUCUCGAUCUCCUGGGAGGACAAACACACUUUUUCUCGUCUUACUUUCUUCUUUCUUCAAGAAAAAAUUUAAAAAUUCAUAUUACCGAAUUAAAAAUAAAUCGUUUUCUUGUUUUAUUGGAAGAAAAAAAAAAUUCAACCCAGAUCUAAAAAACAAGGGGACUCCGAACUCCGUCCCCUCGCUGGAAAUCCUAUGUUCUGAUCAAUAAGACUUUACAUCCACACAAGAAGACAUACCUCAUGGAUUUGUACCUUGUUGGAUAUCUACAUCUUCUGUGCGUGUGGUUGUCCAGCUCACGGGUGCUCGGAGCCUAUCCCAUCUGGUGGUCCCUAGCUUUGGGGCAGCAAUACUCAUCUCUGGGCUCCCAGCCCAUCCUGUGCGGCUCAAUUCCUGGUCUCGUGCCCAAGCAGCUGCGCUUCUGCCGGAACUACAUCGAGAUAAUGCCCAGUGUGGCCGAAGGGGUCAAACUGGGCAUCCAGGAAUGCCAGCACCAGUUUCGUGGUCGCAGAUGGAACUGCACCACCAUAAAGGACAACCUAGCCAUCUUCGGCCCUGUGCUGGACAAAGCCACUAGAGAGUCUGCAUUUGUCCAUGCAAUUGCCUCAGCUGGCGUGGCCUUCGCAGUGACGCGAUCCUGUGCAGAAGGGACCUCCACCAUGUGCGGCUGUGAUUCCCAUCACAAAGGGCCACCAGGCGAGGGCUGGAAGUGGGGUGGCUGUAGCGAGGAUGCCGAAUUCGGGGUGCUUGUUUCCCGAGAGUUUGCAGAUGCCAGAGAAACGUCCGGACGCACGCCCGCCAUGAACCGGCACAACAACGAAGCUGGGCGAAUGACCAUCCUGGAGAACAUGCACCUACGCUGCAAGUGCCACGGCUUGUCCGGGAGCUGCGAGGUGAAGACAUGCUGGUGGGCACAGCCCGACUUCCGCUUGCUGGGCGACUACCUGAAGGACAAAUAUGACAGCGCGUCCGAGAUGGUCGUGGAAAAACACCGGGAGUCCCGAGGCUGGGUGGAGACCCUGCGGGCCAAAUACGCCUUCUUCAAACACCCCACUGAGAGAGACCUGGUCUACUAUGAAGGCUCGCCCAACUUCUGCGAGCCGAACCCGAAGGGCUCGUUUGGCACGCGCGACCGCGCCUGCAAUGUGUCGUCGCACGGCAUCGAGGGCUGCGAUCUCCUCUGCUGCGGCCGCGGCCACAACACGCGGACUGAAAAACGCAAAGAGAAGUGCCAUUGCAUCUUCCACUGGUGCUGCUACGUCAGCUGCCAGGAGUGCAUACGAGUCUACGACGUACACACAUGCAAAUGAAAAAAAAGCACAAGGGAGGGCGGCAACGAAAGACUGAACGAAAUAGGACUGAGUAGCCUAUACAUGUACACACAUGGCCACACACAUCCACACACACACACACACACACACACACACACACACACACACACACACACACACACACUUACUCACAAGAUUGUAUUGAAUACAGAACACAUACCAUGGGUAGUGGCACUUCGGUACCUAAACUUUUAAUAUCCUUUAAUAACAUUUGAGCCUCUUUUCUGGGAGAUUUAGCAACCAUGUGAUUACAACUAUCAUUUUUGAUGCAUUCCUUUUUUAUAUUUAUUUCAUCUGAACAGAGUGUAGCACGUUAUCACCCAAAACUUCGCUGUCUUUCGGUAUCGCUCUAGCUGUCACUCUGGCUCUCCUCAUCAUCUCUCCUCAAGGCCUGCUGGCUGAAACCGUAUUUUACAUUAUGCAGAUGUGAAAAGAGCUGGAGGCUGGGGGAGAGAAGGAUGAAAUGGGUGAAGGAGUGAGGGAGUGCGCUUACUUAACUACUGAUCACCCUGAGCCCAAAGUGUGUCUGAAGGCUUGGGUCUUUAAGCCCAGAUAGACUACAAAUACUGAUGUAAUCCUCAUGCUUUCCAUCAUGGAUUAACUGAUCCUGCACAGGUGCAAGGAGCACUCCAGCAUCUUGUCACAAUGGCUAAUGAAUUUCAAAACAUCUCAAGUUAACCUGCAUGUAAUGGAAAUCUCAGGGCGGUUGUUUAACCGUCUAUGUUAAAAAUUCAUGACAACGUAAUGCAAAAGAAAAUACAACACACACCCUUUUUGGUAAAAAGGAAAUCUAUGGGCAGUCAAUGAAUCCAGGCUCAAUAAAUGAUUUAAAAUACACCAUAAUGACAAAAGUAUUGGAACACCAGCUAUUUGUGGUUCUUCCAUAAACCUUCACCACAAACUUAAAGGGACAUGGAUGUGCUAGCAUAAAAUUUCCCCUUCAAUUGAGCUAGGAGACCCAAACCUGUUCCAUUAUUAUUGAUGGUAUUUGGCCCUUUGUUCAGAGCAAAGCUCAGGGGUCCACAAGGGGCAGCUUGGUGUGGCUGGAAAUUAAAAUCAAACUCACAACCUUAAACCCAAUGCCAUUACCACUAAGCUACCACCGUCCCCAGCAUGACAUUUGUCCACAUAGUCAGCUCCAUGAAGAUAUGCUUUCCAUGGGUUGGAGUGGAAGAUCUCCUGCUAUAGAACUCUGAUCUCAAAGAUAAACUAAAACACUGACUGCACCCCAGGCUU